CAUGCGCUUCAUGUAAAAUUGGGCAUACUUUUGGAGUCCUCAAUAUCGAGGAGAAAACAUCAUGAGGGCCGUACCGACAUGGGUCGACAAAGUGCACGACAAGGAUAAAAUUGAACAGUGCAUUUAUGACAUUGCAUUCAGGCCAGAUGGAACACAACUCAUAGUAGCUGCUGGUAACAGAGUCUUGGUGUAUGACGCCAAUGACGGGACUCUGAUACAGCCUCUGAAGGGACACAAAGACACGGUCUACUGCGUGGCUUACGCUAAGGAUGGCAAGCGAUUCUCCUCAGGGUCCGCUGAUAAAAGUGUCAUCAUAUGGACCUCCAAACUGGAAGGCAUCCUCAAAUACACUCACAAUGACGCCAUACAGUGCCUGUCGUUCAACCCCAUCACACAUCAGCUGGCAAGCUGUGCGUGCAGUGACUUCGGUUUGUGGUCCAUGGAGCAGAAGUCGGUGUCCAAGCAUAAGACAAGCAGUAGGAACACAUGUUGUAGCUGGACCAAUGAUGGCCAGUACCUAGCGCUGGGCAUGUACAAUGGCUGUAUCAGUAUACGUAGUAAGAACGGUGAUGAGAAAGCAAAGAUUGAGCGCCCUGGUGGAGGGCUAAGUCCCAUAUGGAGCAUACAGUGGAAUCCAUCAAGACCCAAGUCCUCCUGGGCCAAAUCUGAGGAAUUAUGCCUGGCUUCUAGCAGUAACGAGUCCAUUAAAAAGACUAGUUGUUUGUAUUCUCGACGUAGGGAGGAGACCCAAGACACCUUGGCUGUUGUGGAUUGGGGACAGAAGAUGUCAUUCUAUCAUCUUAGUGGACAACAGACUGGCAAAGAGAAGAGCCUUGGUUUUGACCCAUGCUGCCUGAGCUACUUCUCCCGUGGUGAAUACAUGGUGAUAGGUGGCGCCAACAAGCAGGCUGCCUUGUACACCAGGGACGGGGCGCAACUAGGAGUGAUCGGGGAACAGAACUCAUGGGUCUGGUGCUGUGAGGUUAGACCUGAUCAGAACUACGUGGCCAUUGGUUGUCAGGACGGCACUAUAGCAUUCUACCAGCUGGUCUUCAGCACGGUGCAUGGCUUGUACCGUGACCGCUACGCUUACCGGGAGAACAUGACCGACGUCAUCAUUCAACAUCUCAUCACGGAUCAGAAGGUCCGCAUCAAGUGUCGGGACAUGGUCAAGAAGAUUGCCAUCUAUAAACAUAGGCUGGCGGUCCAACUAUCAGACAAGAUCGUAGUGUAUGAACUGAUUUCGGACGACGCGUCAGACAUGCAUUACAGAGUCAAAGAGAAAAUCAACAAGAAGUUUGAUUGCAACUUGCUGGUGGUCUGCUCCCUCAACCUGAUCCUGUGCCAGGAGAAACGUUUGAUAAGUCUGAGCUUCAAAGGCAUCAAGGAGCGUGAGUGGGUGAUGGAGGCCUUGAUCCGAUACAUCAAGGUCAUCGGUGGGCCGUCGGGGAGAGAAGGACUGCUUGUAGGUCUCAAGAACGGACAGAUUUUGAAGCUGUUUGCCGACAACCCAUUUCCCAUCCUGAUCUUGAAGCAGCAGACCUCUGUACGAUGUCUGGAUAUCAGCUGUUCUCGGACCAAGCUCUCCGUCGUGGAUGAGCACAAUACGUGUUUGGUGUAUGACGUCAAUACGAAGGAACUGCUGUUUCAGGAGCCCAACGCCAACAGCGUAGCCUGGAACACCCAAUACGAGGACAUGUUGUGCUUCUCAGGUAACGGCAUGCUGAACAUCAAGGCCAGUAACUUCCCCGUCCACCAGCAGAAGCUGCAAGGGUUUGUGGUCGGUUUCGCCGGGUCCAAGAUCUUCUGUCUGCACGUGUACGCCAUGACGACCGUGGAGGUGCCGCAGUCAGCGCCUAUGUAUCAGUAUCUGGAGAGGAAACAAUUCAAGGAUGCCUACCGUGUAGCCUGCCUGGGUGUUACCAACAAGGACUGGACGGCCUUGGCACACGAGGCCAUGGAAGGCUUGGACUUUGACACGGCCAAGAAGGCUUUCAUCAGGGUGCGAGAUAUCCGCUACUUGGAGCUCAUUCACAGCAUAGAGGAGCGCAAGCGUCGAGGUGAAGUCAACGACCAGUUAUUCCUAGCUGAUGUCUACGCCUACCAGGGCAAGUUUGCUGAGGCUGCCAAGCUGUACAAGAGAGCUGGCCAAGAGCAGCGGGCCAUGAACAUGUACACCGAUCUACGAAUGUUUGACCAUGCAAAGGAGUUCAUUGGUUCGGGAGAUCCACAAGACAAGAAGCUCUUGAUCACCAAGCAAGCUGACUGGGCUAAGAACAUCAACGAGCCUCGGGCAGCUGCCGAGAUGUACCUGUCAGCCGGAGAACACCUCAAGGCAAUCGAGAUCAUCGGAGACCAUAACUGGGCUGACAUGCUGAUCGAUGUCGCUCGUAAGCUGGACAAGGCGGAGAGGGAACCUCUGUCCCGCUGCGCUUACUUCUUCAAGAAGAUGGAGCAGUACGCUUACGCCAGCGAGACUUACACCAAGAUGGGAGACACCAAGGCUCUGAUCCUGCUGCAUGUGGAGACCAGACACUGGGACGCCGCAUUCACACUGGUGGAGAAACACCCAGAGCUUAAGGAUGAUGUGUAUGUACCCUACGCCCAAUGGUUGGCUGAAAAUGAUCGAUUUGAAGAAGCACAAAGAGCAUUCCACAAGGCUGGUCGCCAGGACGAGGCGGUCAGGGUGUUGGAGCAGCUUACCCACAAUGCCGUGCUGGAGAGUCGAUUCAACGACGCUGGUUAUUACUUCUGGAUGCUGUCCAUGCAGUGUCUGGAGAUCUCAGGAGCCGAUGAAGCCAAGCAAGAGGACAUGUUGGCCAAGUUUCACGAGUUCCAAUCCAAAGCUGAGAUGUACUACGUAUACCACUCCAUCCAGCGCUACACGGACGAACCCUUCACAUCUCACUUACCCGAUGCUCUAUUCAACAUGGCACGCUACCUGUGGCAUGCUAUCAUCAAGGACAUCCCACACGGAAUCAGCAAAGUUAACACCCUGUAUGCCUUGGCCAAGCAGAGUCGCUCCCUAGCAGCCUACAAGCUGGCACGCUUUGCUUUCGAGAAGUUGCAGUCGCUCAGGAUCCCUCUGCGCUUUCAGGAGUCCAUCGACGUCGGUAGCAUCACCAUCAGGUCUAAGCCGUUCCACGAUGCAGAGGACAUCUUACCCAUGUGUUACCGCUGUUCCACCACCAACCCUCUACUCAACAACCAGGGCAACCAAUGCAUCAACUGUGCUCAGCCAUUCGUUCACUCAUUCUCUUCAUUUGACAUCCUUCCCUUGGUGGAGUUUGUCCUGGAGGAAGGGAUAGCAGACGAUGAAGCAGUCAGUCUGAUCCAGAUGGAACCGGUCAGGAAGGCCUCCCAGCGAGGGGACGGUUGGCAGGAGUCUGCCGUAGGGGCAGCUCAGUCCAUGAGACUUGAUGAGUACGGCAAUGAGGGGACUGAGGAGGAUCCGUUCACCGCUAGGCUGCUCAGCUUUGAGCAAGGUGGAAGCGAGUUUGUACCAGUGGUGGUCGGUCGAUCCGUCUUACAGUCCAUGGAGCGUCAUCAUGUCAUUAUCAGAAAGUGGCCAGCGCCGUUACGCUACAAGUACUUCAAGACUAUCAUGCCUGAUGUGGCUGUCACUAUAUGCCCAUCAUGCAACCAGUUCUUUCACACCGACGAGUUUGAGUUGCUGGUGCUGCAGAAGAAUCACUGCCCGUUCUGCCGCAAGUCGGCCAAAGAACAGUGAGAUUCCUACAUCUUUGAGGGGACUUGUGUGGAUCAGCGGG